UGGGAUGUGCUGCGUCUCCUGACUUCUGAGAUGCUCAGCGCUCAGACGUAGAGGCUUUUGAAGGCAUCCCCGCGGUGGAGAAGCACAGAUGCGGCUGUGUCGUGCUGUAUUGAAGCGGGUCUGAAGAUGGAUCACCAGGACACGUGAACUGAUCUACCAGCCGCGUACUGCCCACAUGCGAUGGGGAAGGUCUAGACAGCGUUCGGGCAUGGAGUGCCGGUAUCAGCCUGCUCUGUCCAUCGAAAGCAGCCGGUGGAUGUGAGUCUGGAGACAGUGUUCAAGUGCAGAUGGUAGCCCUGAUGUGCCUUGUGACAGCGCAGGCACUCGAGGACACGCAGAAGCCUCACCAAGACGCCAUAGAAACCAACCUGGACAUGGGGUUCUGACUCCGCUCGGUGCAGAUUGACCGGAAUACUCUGUCCUCUGCCUUCAUAGCUGGCCACUUCCUCACCUGAAACACUGUAGACUGACAUCAAAGUUGCUGAUCAGACUGUGACUAUGUGGGCAAGCUGUUGUAAUUGGUUUUGUCUGGAUGGCUCACCUGAAGAGAUGCAGCCGCAGCCGCAGCCGCAGCAGGGAGCCGGAGCCCAGGCGUAUUCCAACCCCGGGUACAGCUCCUUCCCCUCUCCCACCGCUCCUGAACAGAGCUGCAAAGCCUGUGGCGUGCGCUUCGACAGCUCCUCGAGGAAGCACAUCUGCUUGGACUGUAAAAAGAAUUUUUGUACAUCCUGCUCAAACCAGCCCGAAGGCGGUCCCCUUCUCUGCCACCUAUGCCAGCGUUUCCGAGCCACGGCUUUUCAGCGGGAAGAGUUGAUAAAGAUGAAGGUGAAGGAUCUACGAGACUAUUUGGCACUCCGUGAGAUUUCCACAGAGUUGUGUCGUGAAAAGGAGGACUUGGUAUUUCUGAUUCUUGGCCAGCAGCCCGUGACUACCCAGGAAGAUCAGAUAAGAACAAAUCCAUUUAAUACUAGUGCCUCUGGACAGCAAGACUUUGUGAUUCUCCCACCAACCAGCAUAGCAUCUUCUACCUCGCAUGAUGCGUCUCCCGUGUCUGCAGAUCCCAUCUCAAGUUCACUAGCUCAGGAACAUCAACAGGCAAACGGUUACGUGCCUCCAAGCCAAGUCGGUAUGACAGGAGUUGAGAAUGCAGCAGAAGCACCAACAGAGGAGGAGACACAGUCUACUGACUCAGAAGACAACCUGGUGCCGGGGAGGAAGGCUUCUCUCUCUGAUCUAAGAAGCAUCGGAGACAUCAAUGCGCUCUCAGUGCGACAGCUGAAGGAAAUUCUUGCUCGCAACUUUGUCAACUACAAAGGCUGCUGUGAAAAGUGGGAGCUGCUAGAGAGAGUGACUCGUCUUUAUAAAGAGAAAGACCUUCAGCAUCUAGUUUCUGACACUGACGAUCAAACUGGUGGUGCCGGGCUCCCUGGCGCGGAGGAAAACCUCUGCAAAAUCUGCAUGGACGCACCCAUCGACUGUGUCCUGCUGGAAUGCGGCCACAUGGUCACUUGCACCAAGUGUGGGAAGCGGAUGAGCGAAUGUCCCAUCUGCCGGCAGUACGUGAUACGGGCUGUCCACGUCUUUAAGUCCUAAGUGUGUGUGAGGAAGACUGGUGCCUUAAAGCCUCAUCUGCUGUUAGAGGAACGGUCAAAAUCGCUACGAAUAGUUAGGUCAGAAAUUAGCAUAUGGACCCCAUUGGAAGCUGGGGAAGGAUGAAGCCUGGGGAAAAUUGUUCUUACUCAAGCCAUGCCUGGCUGUGCUCUUCCCACUAUCGUGCUUUACACCACAGUGCCUGGACUCCUCGGAGCUUACUGCCAGCAGCAGACACAGAAAUCUUUAACAACCUCCCGCCUAGAACUGUAUCCAUUGGUGUGGGGGACAGAUGGAUGCUUGGCUUUCCACCACAAAGACCAGAUCCAGAGGCUUUGUAUUUUUGCCUGAAUAAUAAUAAUAAUAAUAAAAAAGUGGACUGGGGUCUCAAAAGGUGACAUUUGUUUUGCUGCUUAGGCUAUACACCAGGAACAACUUUCUUUUCAAAGAUCACAGUUUUACUGUGCUUGUUAUUUUUUUUUUUUUUAAUUUAAUGUUAAAUUCUUAUGCUUGCAGGACAGGCAGACUGCCUCUGAUUUCCAUUUGCAGAAUAAGCGUAAUUCUAGGCUAGUGCAAUUGUGGAAAAAUGUAUAAUUUUAUUUGGAGAUGGACUUCGUAUUAUUGAAAAAUGUAAAGGGAGUGAGACUCUGAAAUACAGCGCCUUACCUUGUGUGGUGGUGGUCUUCUGUUUACACACCAGCGAGAGGGAGAUUUCUAGUCUGACAGUUGUUGAUUCCUUUGACUUCAAAGGCUUCCUUACAGUAUAUGCCAGCAUCGUUUUCAAACUGAACUGACUUCACUUGAUUAAGGAGCUACGAAUCUAAGGCUUGAGCCUUUUAAAGGGUUUAGCGUGGAAAACGAACAGCUAAAGAGUAGUAAGGAUUCCACUGCUACACAAUCAUAUUUAAGUACAGGUGACUUUUUCUUUUUAGAGGGGAGACAUGAAAGAAAGCAAACUUUGUCUCCCUUGAAUCAACAAGGUGAGUGACCAUCACUGCAGGUGCUUCUGUGUGCUAAUCAGCUUCCCUCUUAUCCUCCCCUUUGCUCAACUUCACAGUCCUGUUACGCUCCGGCUGCUUAUCAAAAGCACAAAAUUUAUUUUGUGCUCUUUCUACGUGAGAGUGGAUAAGAGAUUCUGUGGUCUGAUACAUGACAAUUGCAAGCCCUUACAGCUGUCCUCAUUUGGAAGCCUUGUUGGAGAAAAUUGUAAGGUGUAUUUUUCCCUCAGUGGCCUCCUAGAAUUCAGUCCGUUGGGCUGGUCAGAAUCUUGAUGCCUUAAGUUUGCAGCCACCGUGGGACUGUACUUCAUUUGUAAAGCUGAGUACCUUCUGCUGCAGGUCUUUUCCUGUCUAGCUUUCCCCUUUAUCGGGGGUGAUCACUUAGUGGUCAAACUGAAUCUCUGCACCGCUGCCAGCAGAGGAACAGCAUAAAAACCCAAGUGUUCAUUUACAGCUUCAGGAGUAGUGGAAGCGCAGUUACAGAAAUGGACACCAAAGUCAUCUGCUUUUGCAAUACAUGGUAAUGUAUGUUAACAGCAAAUUAAAAUUCUGUAAUCUUUGACAUGGAGUAGUGCGUGAGUAGCAGCUCCUCAACUGCCAUGGAGGGGGGAGGCUCGUCUCUGCAAGCUGGAAUGAAAAAAGCACUUAAGAUGAAGAAAUCUGUCAGGCAGUAGGCAGCAGAACCUCUGCACUAUUGAGGUGGUCUCUCAACGCCAUAAAAAUGCAACAGCUGCUGAGGUUUAUUGAACUAAAACUUCUGAGUUUUACCUCUUUCCCUGUUCGGGUUGUUCUCUAACGCAGCAUGAGAAGAGUGCUGGUACAAUUCAGUGCACCGUGUUAAAUAAAAAUUGCAGGUAAGCAGUAACUGUAUUUACUCUUCAAGAGGUUCCCAGGGACCUCUUUAAGAGGUACAAGAAUACCCAUACAAAGUGUUGAACAGCCUCAUUUAGUAAAUUCACUGUGAAAAUUCAUGUUGUCAUAUUUUUCAAUAAACUCAGGGCUGGGGGAAUUUAACAGGAAGGAGAUUAUUCCCCUGUGGACAGAUGUACUCUUACUUGUAGAGAGUAGGCUGAUUUUCUACAGCAGAUAAAUCAGUUGCAGAUCAAUGCCUGAAAUGUUAGGAAUGAGAAGAUGUACCCACCACAGGACUCAGAAAUGUGCUUUCUGAAGGGAAGGCUCUUUUUUUCUCUUUUUUUUUUCUCUUGACUACAGUGUUUCCCUUGCAAAAAUGGAUUCUCUACUAUGGAUAUGAUUAUUUUUAAAGGAAAAAAUCAAAAUCUGGAGGAAACUAAUUAAUGAUCCAAAGGAAUAUAGUGAUCUGAACUAAUAAAAGAAACAGAAAUAUUUAUGUGCUUUAUGUACACUGUACAUAAUUUAAAUAUUUUAAAAGUUAAUAUUCUACUUGAAAUGGCAUGUUAUUCUCUAUUAAAUCCUCUUGGUACUAUAAUGGUUAAAACUUACUAGUUUUGGUACAGAAGUUUGGUUUAUAAUUUUAUAAUAAAGUUGAAAUGUGAUUCAGUUAACCUUGUUUUCUGACUCCGUUGCCGACAGGCUCAGAGAAAGCAGAGAUCCUACAGCUACUUCUGAACUUCCUCCAGGAAAGGCUUGGGGUACCCAGUGCUUAAAUAUCAUGAGAGGGUGGGGUACAAGUACAGAAGAGGUUGAAGGGAAAAAGUUAACUGAAAACACAACGUUUUAGCAGUACAGUCUUAUCAUUGUGGAUAUUACAAAUUUACAAUAUGACUCUGUCCCCUUGAGACUAAGGGAAGCAGUAAAGCGGCCAGCUCACUUUUCAUCAUGUACCCAUGCAGUUAUUCAGCAAAAUUAUCUUGCAAAUGCCAAUGUACGUAAGUUAAAACAAAGCCCUAUUUCUAAAACCUAUCUAUCUUCCUUAUUUCAUUAAUACUCGAGUACUUGCAAUAGUUUUGAACAGCUU